CUCUUCCACACUUUCCCACCAUCCAAACACUACAUAAGAGUGUGUGUAUAUAUAACACAAUGGGGGAAGAGGGUUUUGAGUGGUGGGUGUAGUGAGAGAGAAAUUAGAAGAGAGAAUCAAUAGUAAUUAAUUAUGAGUGGUGGUGUGAAGUUAGAAGUGGUUCUUAGGGUUUUGGGAUUUGUGUUGAGUUUUGUGGCAGCCAUUGUUGUGGGACUGGACAAACAGACCAAGGUGAUUCCUGCUUUGGACCUUGUUGUUUCUGCCAAGUGGCACUACUUGUCCGCUUUCGUGUAUCUUUUUGCGGUAGAUAUAAUAACAAGUUCAUAUGGAUUGUUAUCACUAUUGUUAACAUUGACAAAUAAGAAUCAGAGUAAUACGUCAAUCUUAUUGCUCAUCGUUCUCGACACCGUGAUGGUGGCGCUACUCUCCUCCGGUGGCGGGGCUGCCAUGGCUAUCGGAAUGAUCGGCUACCACGGCAACUCGCACGUGAUGUGGAACAAAGUGUGCGAUAUAUUUGGUAGGUUUUGCAAGCACGUGGCAGUUUCUACCGUCCUCUCUCUUGCUGGAGCCGUGGUAUUUAUGUCGCUAGUUGUGUUGGCUGUUGUGGACCUGCAAAAGAGGCCCAAAUAAAUGGGCUCUGGGCCCUCUAUAAAAAUAUUUUUAUGGGUAAAACGCAUAAAAGCCCGUUGGAUAAUAUUGAUGUAUGUUGUUUUUCGAGAAAUAUUCCUAAAAUUGUAUAGAAAUUUUGGGGAAAAAAAUAUUGCUUCUUAUUUUCAUUUCCAACAUAAUCAA